UGAACAUUGGGGUCUGCAACACUGGACUCUUAGGGUUUAUACUUCCUGAACAUUGGGGUCUGCAACACUGGACUCUUAGGUGAGCAUCAUGGCUGUGAACUCUCUGCAGCUGCUCCUCAAAACUCUGGAUGGGUUGAAUGAGUCUUCAGAGCUGAAGCGGUUCAGGAUGUACCUGUCUGAGAAUAUGGUGGAGGGGUUUGAGCCCAUCCCCAGAGGAAAGCUGGAGCACAGUGACGCUACAGAUGUUGCCUCUUUGAUGAAGGAGUUCUAUGGGGAGGAAGGCAGAAUGAAAAUUACUCGGACCAUCCUGAGAAUGAUGAACCUCAACAACCUUGCAGACAGACUAGAAGAGAGGGAUGCUGCAGUGUCAGGAAAGCAAGACGCAGAUGCAAUUCUACAGGAAAUCAAAGAAAAACACAAAAAGUGGAUGACAGAGAAGUUUGGUGAGAUUUAUGAGUGUACCGAGGAGGGAAAGAACAAAGCACUCCUGAGUGAGAUCUACACUGAGCUCUACAUCACAGAGGGAGAGAGUCAAGGCACCAACACUCAGCAUGAGGUUCGCAGGAUUGAAUCCCCAAAGGCAGACAAAGACAAAAUCAACUCUAAUGACAUUUUUAAGUGUUUACACAAACAAAAGAAAAAUCUGAAAAUCCGAACUGUGAUGACCACAGGCAUUGCUGGCAUUGGAAAAUCUGUAUGUGUGCAAAAGUCCAUUCUGGACUGGGCAGAAGGAAGGGCCCAUCAGGAUGUGGAUUUCAUAUUUGCACUUCCAUUCCGCCAGUUAAACUUGAAACAAAAUAAGUCAUACACUCUUCACAAACUCCUCCUUUACUUUCAUCAGGAACUGGAUGAAGAGGUCAUAUGUCCCAAAAUGUUGAGAAAGUUGAAGAUCAUGUUCAUCUUUGAUGGUCUGGAUGAGAGCAAACUCUCCCUGAGUGUAGAACAAGGCAUGGAUGAUCUCCUGAAGACUGCAUCAGUGAAUGUGUUGAUAACCAACCUCAUCACAGGCAAUCUACUGCCAAAUGCACUUAUUUGGAUAACCUCCCGGCCAGCAGCUGUCAAACGGAUCCUUCCUAAACACAUAGACAGGUGGACAGAGGUACAAGGAUUCAAUGACCAACAGAAGGAUGACUACUUCAAGAAAAAGAUUGAGAAUCCAGCAAAAGCGGACACAGCCAUCGCUCAAAUUAAAAGUUCAAAGAGCCUCUACAUCAUGUGCCACAUCCCUGUCUUCUGCUGGAUCUUAGCCACUGUGCUUCUGAAAAUGAUCAAUCUUACCAGCACAAGUGACUAUCCUCAAACACUGACUGAGAUCUAUAUCUAUUUCCUGCUCACUGAGACACGUAGGAAGGGCCAAAAAUAUGACCAUGGCUUUGAACGAGAUGAUAAAAAACGUCUGGAGUCCAACAAAGAGGCUAUUUUGAAAUUAUCUGAACUAGCAUAUAAAGAACUGCUGAAGGGUGAUAUCUUGUUUUAUGAAGACAAUUUGAGAGAGUGUGGCAUCAGUGAAGAAGACAUUACAUUGUACUCUGGUAUGUGCUCAGAGUUCUUCAAGAGUGAGAAUGCCAUGGACGAACAUAAGGUUUAUUGCUUUGUGCAUCUGAGCAUUCAGGAGUUUCUGGCUGCAUUGUUUGUGUUUCACUCCUUUGUGGCUAAGAACACAGAAGCCCUGACAAAAUUGACCUCACAAGAAUCUGCCUUGACAGCCCCUUCCAGCCUUUCCAUGGUUGAGUUUUUAAGAGCUACAAUAGACAAAUCCAUCCAGAAGGAAGAUGGACAUCUGGACCUUUUCCUUCGCUUCCUCUUAGGCAUCUCACUUGAGUCCAACCAGAAACUCCUACAAGGCCUUCUGGUGCACAUAGAGAGCAGCUCAGACAACCAUAAGAAAACAGUGGAGUACAUCAAAGGAAUUCUGAGUGAAGACAAACAAGUCCCUGAAAGAUGCAUGAAUCUGAUCCUCUGUUUAUCGGAGAUGAAGGAGAACACCCUUUAUCAGGAGAUUCAGCGGUACAUAGACUCUGGAGAACGGCUCUCUCCUACCCAGUGUUCACAACUGGCCUACAUGCUUCUGUUAUCAGAGGAAACACUUGAUGAGUUUGACCUUGCUAAGUACAAGACAUCAAGUGAGGGUCGUAAGAGACUGCUUAUAGUAUUACAGUCUUGUAGGAAAGCACGAUUGGUUGGUUGUGAUCUCAAAGAGGAUUCCUGUGAGGUCCUAACAUCUGCUCUUCAGUCAGAAAAGUCCCUGUUGAAAGAGCUGGACCUGAGCUCUAAUCCUCUGAGGGAUUCUGGAGUGAGGUUGCUGUCUGUUGGGCUGAAGCAUACUAACUGCAAACUGGAAACACUGAGACUUGCCAAUUGUAAAAUCACACAUUAUUCCUGUGAGGUUGUGGCUUCAGUUCUGCAGUCAACAAACUCCCUCAUAAAGCUGGACUUGGGUGAAAAUGACCUGGAGGAUUCUGGAGUUGACCUUCUCUCUAAGGGACUAUCUAGUCCCCUCUGCAACCUGCAGACAUUAAGACUUGCUGCAUGCAAACUCUCAGAGAAGUCAUGUGGAAUUGUGGCUACUGUUCUACAGUCACCAAACUCCCUGAUAGGGCUAGACCUGAGUCACAAUGACCUGAGAGAUUCUGGAGUUCAGCUUCUCUCUAAGGGACUGUAUAGUUCCCACUGCAAACUGCAGACAUUAAGGCUUGCUGAUUGUAAGCUCACAGAUAAAUUAUGUGAGAUUGCUGCUUCAAUUCUACAGUCACCAAACUCCUUGCUACAGCUGAACUUCAGUAACAAUGACCUGGGGGAUUCUGGAGUGCAGCUUCUCUCUAAGGGACUGUCAAGUUCCAAUAGCAUACUGCAGAUAUUAAGGCUUGCUGAUUGUAAACUCGCAGAUAAAUCGUGUGAGAUUGUGGCUUCAGUUCUACAGUCACCAAACACCCUGCAACAGCUGGACUUCAGUGACAAUGACUUGGGGGAUUCUGGAGCUCAACUUCUCUGUAAGGGACUGUCCCGUUCCAACUGCAAAAUGCACACAUUAAGGCUCUCUGAUUGUCUCAUCUCAGAGAAGAGUUGUGGUUUUCUGGCUUCAGCUCUGACUUCAAACCCCUCCCAUCUAAAAGAGCUGGAUCUGAGCUACAAUCAUCCUGGAGAAUCAGGACUGAAGCUGUUAUCCGCUAGACUGGAGGAUCCUGUCUGUAAACUGGUGAUACUUAAAACGGGGCCUUCUGUAAGCAGAGCACGACCACAUUUGCUGAGAUAUGCCUGUGAUCUCACACUGGACCCAAACACAGCAAACAGACUUCUCUCUCUCUCUGAGGGGAACAGAAAGGUGACAUAUGUGGAUAAGGAGCAGCCGUAUCCUGAACACCCAGAGAGAUUUGACUCCAUCUGGUGUCCUCAGGUGUUGUGUAGAGAGGGUCUGACUGGACGCUGCUACUGGGAGGUUGAGUGGAGUGGAGAUGAAUAUGGAGCUGUUAUAUCUGUGGCCUAUAAAAGCAUCAAGAGGAAAGGGAUCAGUGAUGACGUCAUAAUGGGACGGAAUGCCAAGUCCUGGAGUCUGUUCUGCCUUCCUCCCAGUUACUUUCCUGACAGUUACUCUGUCUGGCACAAUAAGGAAGAGACUGACAUACCUGCCCCCUUCUCCGGCUCCAGAAGAGUAGGAGUGCACCUGGACUGGCCGGCCGGCACUCUGUCCUUCUACAGCGUCUCCUCUCGCACACUCACCCACCUGCACACGUUCCACUCCACAUUCACUGAGCCCCUCUGUCCAGGGUUUGGGGUUGCUUGCUCCUCAGUGUCCCUGUGCCAGAUCACAUGAGCUCCUCCUCCAACAGGUUCGUCCACCUGCCACCCUUUCUCUCUAUCCUCAGUACUCCCCCUCCUUUCACUUUUCACUUUUCACUCUCUUUCUCUCUCUCCCCCUCUUCCUCUCUCUCUACUCCCUCUUUUUCUCUUCUUUUUCUCCCCCUUUUUUUUUCUCUUUCCCUUUUUCUGUUUUCUCCUUUUUUCCACGUAUCUCUCUCUCUCUCUCUCUCUCUCUCUCUCUCUCUCUCUCUCUCUGUGUGUUUCUGGUUUGAAUUAAACUGUCUACUUUCUACACUGCGCAACAUUCCGCGGUAGCCACGUAACCGUAGCAACAUCCAUUGUGAUGUAAGCACCUGGUGCUUGAUCUGUGGCCCUGGCAGUUGAGCAUGCUGCAGGAACACCAGAGUCACACACUCCUGUUCAUACACAUGUGUGAUGCUGAGAUGCUGUUGAGAUAUUGAUAUCUGUAUAUUUAAUGUAUAGACUACUGUUUUGGUGAUACGAAACAAAUGCUGAUAUUUUGUGAUUUUCCUGAAAUAAAUGUGUGGAUUAUAAGAAUGUUUCAGCAACAACACAACAACAUACUGUAUUCUGUUCUCCCUAAAGUGUAUUUGCUGAUUUUGUUUUUUGAAAGUUAUCUGCGGCUUGUUUCUUCAUGUGUUCACGCGUGCGUUUAUGCAGAACUAUUAAGCAUGCUUGUUGUUUUUCUGACUGACAAUAUGAAAAUGACAUGUACUUCUUACUUUAAAAUGUCUAAAUAAAUCUUCUGAAAUGACA